UUUUGCUAUCUGACAUUUGGUCACCUUUCUCUUUUUGCCUACCGAAGUGGAUUUGUUUGUUUCCAUAGGUAAAUGUUUGCCAAUGAAAACAUCAAACAAAAAAUUGUUCUCUUCUGCUGCUGCUUGAGAGAGUAGGGUGAUAAACGGACAGAUAGCUUUUUGGAGAACUGUUCUACAGGCUUUACGUUUGGCACACGUAAACGAAAAUCACUUCAGUGCAGUUAAUAAACCAAAGGGUCUCCUUAUAAAUAAAUAACUCAAGUGUUCAGCGCAGCGUAAAGAAAUCUGUAGUAAACCAAGUAUCCUAACAAACAGAGAUCUUUUAAGCUUCGUCCGGUUUAAGGGUGAUAUACGCGUACCAUACACUGCAAUCAAUAUAGGUCGUAGUGGAGAUUGACUACGGAAAAGUUGUAAGCGCAGAUGCCCAACCUACGGAAGCGACCACCGGCUUCAACCGGCGAUUCAAAGCGCCAACAACGUCCGCAAGAGAAGCAGAGCACCGAUUCUGUUUGUCGCGUCUGUAUGGGCUGGACAUCCGAUUCUGGUCUGAUGGUUGGACUGUUCGAUGGACAAGUACAGGGAACGAUCCUCGCCGAAGUGUUGGCCCUUGUUGGAGCAGUGGAACCGCCGACGGAUGACGAUCGGUUACCCAAGUGGUGCUGCGAGGGAUGUCUAAAUGCCCUGGAGAGUGCCUUCAAACUGAGAAUGAUGUGCCAGAACUCGGACCGAAAGCUAAGGGAGGCAUUUUCGACGAAUGAGGAAGCCGUUGUAGUGAAACAGGAAGUCCAUGAAGAUAAUUCAAAUCGAAAUGAGAUGCUGGAUGUUAAGGAAGCUGUUGUCUCGGAAAGUAUAAAAUUGCCCAAGUUAGAGAUUAUGGACUGCGUAGAGGAAGAUCAGAUUCGACAAAUGACAGUUGACGCUGAUGGGGAAGACAUUAUAGUAAAAGCUGAUGGCGACGCAGACUCGGAUAUCGAUGAGACAGAAGAAGAUCAGGAUGCGACCAUCUCAAAAGAAGUAAAUAAACCUAACCAUAGGAAGACGUUUUUGAAUCCGGAUGUAUUCGAUGAAGUCAAAGCCUUACGUUUCAAAUGUUGUGGUUGCAAUCUCACCUUCGACACUUCGGAGGAACUGAAAACUCAUUCAAACGAAGCCCACGCCCACAAGAAACUGUCCACACAGGAAUUGCAAAGUAAGAAGCAAUGUGAUAUCUGUUACAAAGUGUUGUUUGAUGACCGAAAUGUACGAAAGCACCAACAAAAAGACACACUGAACUUCCGAUGCAAGGUUUGUGGGGAAUUGUUCUGGAGUCGACAGAGGGUGUGCCUUCAUUAUGAUCGGGCUCACAGUUCGAACCCAGUGAUCAAGGGUCCUUCGAAAGAUUGCUGUGCGUGUCAAGAGCAAUUUGAAACCGAAGAACAGCUUAGAGAGCAUAGUGUGACUGUACAUUUGCCAAAUAAACCUCCGCCAGAUCCUACCCGUCCGUACACCUGCAACGUUUGUUAUCGCUGCUACAAAUCCGAUAUGUUGCUGUACCGCCAUCAGUCCCGAAAGCUUUGGCUUAAGGCAACCACGAAACACGUGUGUGCCCAAUGUGGAAAGGCGUAUAGAAGUCCCAAAGCGUUGCAAAUGCAUGAAGUAUCACACACUGGUGAAAAGCUGUUUCAGUGUUCAAAGUGUCCCAAAGCAUACAGUAAUUGGAGUAGCUGUCAAAGACAUGUGUUAAAUCACAACAUACCAGUGGAUAAGUACAAAUGCGAAAUUUGUGGAUAUAUCUUGAAAUCCAGCAGUGGUUGGAAACAGCACAUGCUACAACAUACUGGAGAGCGUCCGCAUAAGUGUCCUCACUGUCCAGCCACUUUCGCUACAACUGUUGGACUAAAUAGCCAUUUGUCGACGCACACCGAUGAAAAUACCGUGGAAUGUCCAAUUUGCAAGAAGCAGUACAAGCGAAAUGCAGAACUCAAGCGGCAUCUCAAAUUUACACAUCACAAACAAAAACCUUUUUCCUGCUUCUUCUGUCCCAGACAAUUCGUUUGGAAGAAUCGUCGCAAACAACACAUACUCCAAGCUCAUCCCAAAGAACUGCAACGCAAUCCGCUUCCUCCAACCGAGCUAUUCGGUAGCCUGUGGUCGAUGCAACAAAGGUCCGAAGAAGCCGUUUUACGACAACAGGGCAUGGUAGAAUAAAACUGUGGAAAGAUUAACUAUUAAGUUGUUUUUGAUUAGACGAACGCUUCAAAUAUAUACAUUGAUUUUUCA